AUGGCUUCUCCUCCAUACUCGUACUCUCCGACGGCGCUCUCACCGCCAUAUCCCUCAUCCGCGCAGCUUCCCAUGUCGAACAAGAAACGCGCUUCAGAUGGCGCCCCCCCGGGAUCUGCUAAGCGUCGGAAAGCCUCGACGCUCUCAGUCACAUCAGCCUCCGCGCACCCACUUCGCCAGACCUCCUUCCCUCCCGAAGCCGGUUCUCCUUUCCCACGGUCACCCUCGGCAGAUAAUGUGAGCGUCGUCAGUGGCAGCCAAGCCAGUGCGCCUCCUAAGAAGAAGCGCGGAAGGAAGCCCAAGAACCAGACAAAUGUGGAGACGAGAGAGCAGACGCCCUCGCUUGUUGGCGGGCGCGCGCCUACAACGGUCAGCGGCACGGGCGCCGGAGCUGAGGGUCAGGAGGAUGGCGCCAACGAUGAUGAUGACGACAAUGAUAUGCGCAUGGCGCUGGUGGAUUCUACGGUCCGGACACAGGAGCAGAAGCAAGAGGAGAUAAGACUCCGUGCCAUGCUCGUUGAAUCCUUCGACCCAGAACAAUACGAUCGCUAUGAACUCUGGCGUGCAGCCAAAUUGACAGAGUCCGUUGUCAAGAGGGUUGUCAAUGCGACCGUCUCGCAGUCAGUGCCUCCAAACGUUGCUCUCGCCGUCAAGUCGGUAUCUAAGCUCUUCAUUGGAGAGCUUAUCGAAAGAGCUCGAGACGUACAGGGCGAGUGGAUCAAGGCUACAGGCGAAAAGCAGUCCGAGGCACCCACGCCUCCCCCGAAGGACGAGGCCAGCCAGACCCAAGCUGCCAAGGAGGACAGGAGAGGCCCUUUGCGGCCGGACCAUCUACGUGAGGCCUGGCGACGGUACAAGAUGUCGGGAGACGGAGGCUGGGUGGGCAUCCAGGGCCUGUGGCACGAACAGCAGCAGAGCGGAGUUGAGAGAUUUCCCGUCCGCACCGGUGGGCGACGGGUUUUUCGGUGA